UAUGGAACUCUGUGUUUCAGUGGGCGGAUUGCAGAAGACAGGAUAACAGUCAACAAUGAGGGUCAUGUGGCAGCUCUCGCAUUUGAAAGGGGGAAUCCCGAUGCAGAAUCUCAAAGAAAAACCUUGGGAAGUGGCUGUCUUGGGCAGAGCCUGUGAGUUACAGGCAUAGACUGUCAGUCUUGGCUUUACAACCGCCCGGAGGGUAGGAACUUCAGAGCAAUCUAACUUGACGCUGAAACAGACUGCACUGCAGGGCUGAGUUCUGGCUGCGCACUGGGUUUGGCUUUGAAAUAAAGAAAGAACAACAGUACUUUGAAAAUCUGUGCAGAAUUAAUGAGUGAGCAUUAGGUAGCUCCUUAAAUAUGGCGGACCAUCUAGUUGGAACUGAAAUUAACGAUCAAAGGAUUGCUGUAGUAGAAAAUUGCUUUGGUGCAUCAGGUCAACCCUUGGCUAAACCAGGAAGAGUUUUGGUGGGUGAAGGAAUUUUAACAAAAGAAUGUAGGAAAAAGCCCAAACCAAGGGUUUUCUUUCUGUUUAAUGACAUACUUUUGUAUGGAACUAUAGUGAUAAACAAGAUACGGUAUACUCGCCAACAUAUAAUUCCCCUUGAAGAUGUGACUAUUGAUAUACUGAAAGACACACUGCAUAUGAAAAAUCGGUGGUUGCUAAAAGCAUCCAAAAAAUCCUUUGUACUUUCUGCAGCCUCUUUCACAGAAAGGAGAGAAUGGGUAGAUCAUAUCAAGGAAUGUGUCCAACAGCUCCUAGAGAAGACUGGGAGGCAACCUUCAGCCAAUCAUGCUGCUCCCUGGAUACCUGACAUAGUCACCGAUAUCUGCAUGCGCUGCAUGCAGACUAAGUUCACAACUUUGAACCGCAAACACCAUUGUCGUAAGUGCGGUUUUGUUGUGUGUCAUGAAUGCUCCAAGUAUAAAUUCCUAAUUCCUGGUUUAGACCAGAAACCCGUAAGAGUAUGUGGUCUUUGCCAUAGAAAAUUGACAUCUGAGAAAAUAAGAGAGGAAGAAGAAGCAAAACAGUGUGCGCUACAGUUCCAUAGUGAGAUGCCAAAGUAUGAUCCAUCCAGUGAAGAGGAUAGUGACACUGAAGAAAAUGAAAAGAACAGACAAUGGCCAUCAAAUGAAGAUUUCUAUUCUUCAUCCUGGUCAGCGUUUCAUAGCUGAUCUCUUUUACUUUUGUAUUGGAAAGUUAUAUCAAAAGUCUUCAUUCUCUACCAUUAGCUCAACGGCAAAAAAGAAUAUUUAAAUUAUGUUUACAUUUUAUUUUAUAAGUAUAAAUUUUAUCUUCUAAAAUAUUUAGUAUCUCUCAUGGACAGCUUGAUCCUUUGAGGUUUUUCCUUUGAAACAAAAAUAAGAGCUAGUGUUGUCAUUUCACUGGUGCCUGAUAUCACAGAACGACUCCAUCCACAGUAUAUGUUACAGACUGAAGCCUUGUUUCAAGCCAAGGUGAUAUGGAGAAUUUUGGGGGGAAGGAGAAAGCUGAUAAUUGUAUCAAGUUGUUUGCUAGAUGUCAUGCUGUAAUGGGCACACAGAUAACUGUCAUCUCUACCCUAUCAGGUUUAUAUAAUAUUUGCUUCAUAAAUAUUUUUGUAACUGAGCAGUUAGAUAUUAACUCUUUCCUGUCAAUCACAUGUAAUGUUAUAAUUAGCCACAUUACAUGCAUGUAACAUACACUAGACACUUUCUGCCAGUAACAAAAUCAACAAACAUAGAAAAGUAGUUUAACAAAUUUUUACCAGUAACAUCCUCAAGGACAGUGGUUUAUGGCAGUAAUACUCAGACACUAAAACACUGAGCAUUAUUUUAACCCUUUCUGUGCGAUUAACACCCUGAAUUACUCUUCUAAUUACCCUCUUUGGGGUAUCUAUGAUGAUUCCUGAUAUCUAGUUUGAUCACACAGAUUUUCUAUGAGCCCUCUGUUUUCUCAUUUUCAACUGUCCCUCCUCCCACCAAUGUCUGUCAGUGCCAAGAGGAGCAAUAAUGUAAAACUUUGUCAGAGCAGUGGGGGAGUAAUUAGUUAUCACAAUUUCCUCACAUGACACCAGGGGGAAUUUAGUGGAGCAGGGGCCAAGUCACUCAAACAUACUGAAUUAAUAAAUAUAGCACUGGACCAAUGAGAAAGUAAAAAAGCAAGCUGCUGUGUUUCUGCUAAACGUCUGACAGCACCAAAUAUCUGCUGCCCUUAGCAUAGACUGAGUGUACCUAGGUCUAAAUAUGCCUAUGGCAUUAUUACAUUAGAAAGAGAAUAUGUGGCUUUCUUGCAGGAUAAUGUUACACCAUGAUGAUUGUAUCUUAUGAUGCUAAAAGUGAUGGCUCCUAAAACAGCAAUUAUUGAUCCUAAAAUAUGUGGUACAAUUUGAAGCCUAAUUUGUUGUUCUCUCUGUUUGCCUAAGUGGUGUGAAAUUCAUCACAUUGCUGCUUGAAAACUUGCUAAAGAUAUACAUACACAUACAUAAAUAUAAAUAAAUAAACAUAUACAUUUAUUAAAGGCAGCUUUUGCAAUUCUUUGGUAUUUCCAAUUAACAAGAAUGUUUCUAGUGCAUCCAAUCACAGCCCCCUAUUCCAGUCUGUUAGAAGAGGUGUUUGUUGUGGUUUUCUUAUGUCUUUUAUAUAUACAGCAAAAAAAAAAAAAAACCAUGAGAUACUUUACACUGAGACCGGUUACCAGAAGUAUUCUACUCUUCCAAAAAUAGCUUUUGCUUAUGUUUUCAAAUGAUUUUUAGAUUCAUCUGAUUCAGCACCUUUACUAAACAAGUAUUGCGCACAUCCUGGUCACUUUGGCAGCACUCCCACAAUAUUUGUGCUAAUAUAUAAAAUGUUUUUUGGUGUGCUUAACCAAACCCCUUUCUUGUUGUAUUUCAGCACCUUUACCCUCUUGAAGCCAAAUUUGGCCUGUUUUAUGUGGUAUAGCAUUUCAUACGGCUUUCCUACAUACUAAGUUCUGAUUUGAAUACAAAUGACUGUUUCUUAGUUUAAUUUAAAAAAAACAACACAGUUUUCAAUUAAUAAAUGUAUAGAGAAGAAAAAUACGAUCAUCUGAAAGUUAUUUAUAAAUAAAGUGUAUAGUUAUUUUUUCACAAUCCCUAAUGAAGGAAAAUCAGAUGUUUUGGUUUUAUUACAUAGUUAAAGGGAUAUUAUACUCCAAAAUGUUAUUGUUUAAAAAGAUAGAUAAUCCCUUUAUUACCCAUUCCUCAGUUUUGCAUAACAAUAACGGUUAUAUUAAUAUACUUUUUACCUCUGUGAUUACCUUGUAUCUAAGCCUCUGCAGCCUGCCCCUUAUUUCAAUUCAUUUGACAAACUUGCAUUUUAGCCAAACAGUGCUGACUCAUUAAUAACUCCAUGGGAGUGAGCAAAAUGUUAUCCAUUUAGCACACAUGAACUAGUGCUGUCUAGCUGUGAAAAACUGUCAAAAUAAACUGAGAUAAGAGGCGGUCUUCAAGGAAAUUAGCACAUGAGCCUACCUAGGUUUAGCUUGUUUACAAUUGCAUGCCUUUUCUGAAAAUGUAAUAUUGAUUAGACAGUCCCUUUAAGUUGGGUGGUGUAAUUAUUUCUAAUUAAUUGGAUGGUCACAUAAAAGAAGCCAAAAUAUAGCCUAGUUCAGUUUAAAGAUUUUGCUUGGUAAACGCCAAUUGAUUGGAAUGGAGGCUAUUUAUUGUACAAUUUAAUUUCCAUUUAGAGUUUAGUUGUAGUAAAAGAUAGAAAGUGACACAUUAGCUGUGCUGUGAUUGGCAGUGCUUGUAAUAAUUUUAUGUGGGUUUCCAAAGGAUUAGCUGAAAGCAGCCUUUUCUAUGCAGGCUACAGAAAUAAUUUGAUCUACGUGCAAUUAAUAAAUGAUAACAAGGGUAAUUCUCUAACACAUCCAGACAACAAAUUUUUUUUAAAAGCUAUAUUAAACUAUAAUUUAAAUUGCCAAUUAAAAUAGUCCAUUUUCAGAAGUAAACUUUAUUAAAAGCAUUCUUUAAUGUGCAUAA